CAUGUUCGAACGUUCUUUCCAGAAACCUGGCUCUGGUUAAAUAAAACAGUAGGAGCGGACGGUAUGACGUCAUUUAGUGUUCCGGUACCUGAUACUAUCACUACCUGGGUCGCUACAGCUUUUGCUGUCAACCCUAACUCUGGGCUGGGACUGGAUCCGUCCCCUGCUAACCUUAGAGUGUUUCAGCCAUUCUUUGUGAGUUUGACUUUACCUUACUCCGUUAUACGAGGGGAACUAGUGGUUCUCCAAGCUAACGUGUUUAACUACCUGAAGAAAGAUAUCAAGGUCCUCAUUAUUAUUGAUAAAAACAAGGCCUUCAAAAAUGUCGUCACUUACUUAAAAGACAACCAAGUAAAAAGCGGGAGAUUUUCAUUCAGGAUAGGACGAACACUCAAUAUAGCACCUGGGGAGAUAUAUCCUGUCUAUUUUCCUAUUGUUCCUUCUGAGAUUGGUGAUAUUAAGAUAAAUAUCACAGCCACGUCAACUGGUGCUAGUGAUUCCAUCAUCCGGACACUCAAAGUGGAGCCCGAGGGAGUUGAGAAGGAAUUUAACAACCCUGUGCUGAUAAAUACUGAAGAUUCUGGCACAUUUUUCGAUGAUGUAGAAAUAUCAUUUCCACCAAAUACUGUGGCUGGAUCAAAGCGUGUCAGAGCAUCAGUUAUUGGUGAUGUGAUGGGCCCUUCAAUCAGUGGCCUUGCAUCAUUAUUGAAGAUGCCAUAUGGAUGUGGUGAACAGAACAUGUUGAAUUUUGCUCCCAAUAUUUUUGUAUGGAAAUACCUCACAAUAACAAAUAAUCUCACACCAGAUCUAGAGAGGAAAGCUAAAGAAUAUAUGAUCAAAGGUUACCAGCGGCAAAUGACAUAUGUCCAUCAGGACGGAUCAUACAGCGCUUUUGGCAAGAGUGACGCUUCAGGCAGUACUUGGUUGACUGCUUUUGUCGUCAAGUCGUUCUCUCAGGCCUCUGAUUUGAUCACCAUUGACAAAUAUGUCGUAAAUUAUGCCGUUUCGUGGCUUAUUUCUCAACAAAACAAAAAUGGAACAUUCAGAGAACCAGGCAGAGUCAUAAACAAAGCAAUGCAGGGUGGAUCAGCAGCAGGCGAGAGGACUCUCACGGCGUUUUCUCUUAUCGCUCUCAAAGAAGCAGAGAACAUGCAGGGAGUAUGUCUUUUUUAAAUGAUUAUUUUGACACUGAGAGAAAGGUGAGUGGUAUUAAUAUAAAUAUUUUAAAUGAAUUAGCUAUUGAAAUGAUCCACUCUUAUAAACAGUCUUCAAAGAGCAAGAGCCAUCUUAUGCAUAAAAUGGCCCUGUACUUAUAUCAAUUAAUUAACUUUCACCCUCUUUCCCAUUUCAUAUAUCAAAAUAAAGUAGACACUUGGUGCUUUCAUUUUCUAUAAAAAAUAGAGAAUCCAGAUAUUGUA